CAUUGCGAUUGACAACAGCAUAAGGGAGGCAUGUUAGCAGACCCUUUGCUCUUGAGCCAAGUGGAGGUGGAUUAAACGUCAGAGUUUAAACCGAUAUUUAAACCACCAGCCAAGGAGCACAAGGCAGAAUUAGUGUUCCAAGCAGAGAAGGUUUAGUAUACAACACCACAAUGAGGCCUGAGAAAGAACUUUGUGUAGCCAUGGGCAACCCGGAGCUCAGUCUGUUGGACCAGUGCAAGCAGCUGGCGGCUGAUAUCAUCCAGCAGGAGUCUGAACGGCUACAUUCUCUCAGCCAGGACAUUUGGAGCAAGCCCGAGCUCGCCUACCAGGAGCACCAGGCUCACGAUACAAUGACCCACUUCUUUUCCUCUUACCCCGCCUGGGAGGUGCAGCCUCAUUAUAAGCUGGACACCGCAUUUAAAGCAAGUUGGGUACCGGUGCCAGGCGCGGAAGGCCCCCCAAUAUUACACGUCGCAUUUCUGUGCGAAUACGACGCCCUUCCAGGGUUAGGACACGCCUGUGGACACAAUCUUAUCGCGGAGGUUGGCGCUGCAGCUGCGCUGGGUCUCAAAGGUGCGCUUGAAAAUAUACAACUUCUCCGCCCAGUGCAGAUUACAGUUUUUGGAACUCCUGCCGAGGAAGAAGGAGGAGGCAAAAUAGACCUUCUAGAAGCUGGUGCAUUUGAUGACAUUGAUGUUGUUUUUAUGGCCCACCCAUCACAAGAAGAUGCAGCAUAUUUGCCAGAUGUUGCCGAACAUGAGUGAGUAAUAUCGUGCUGAUAAAUUAUAAACCAUGAAUUAAACCUGCUCAUUAACCCCUUAAUGACCACAGCACUUUUCCAUUUUCUGUCCGUUUGGUACCAAGGCUAUUUUUACAUUUCUGCAGUGUUUGUGUUUAGCUGUAAUUUUCCUCUUACUCAUUUACUGUACCCACACAUAUUAUAUAUCGUUUUUCUCGCCAUUAAAUGGACUUUCUAAAGAUACCAUUAUUUUCAUCAUAUCUUAUAAUUUACUAUAAAAUGUUUUAUAAAAUAUGAGGAAAAAAUAGAAAAAAACACACUUUUUCUAACUUUGACCCUCAAAAUCUGUUACACAUCUACAACCACCAAAAAACACCCAUGCUAAAUAGUUUCUAAAUUUUGUCCUGAGUUUAGAAAUACCCAAUGUUUACAAGUUCUUUGCUUUUUUUGUAAACUAUAGGGCCAUAAAUACAAGUAGCACUUUGCUAUUUCCAAACCAUUUCUUUUCAAAAUUAGCGAUAGUUACAUUAGAGCACUGAUAUCUUUCAGGAAUCUCUGAAUAUCCAUUGACAUGUAUAUAUUUUUUUUUAGUAGACAUCCCAAAGUAUUGAUCUAGGCCCGUUUUGGUAUAUUUCAUGCCACCAUUUCACCGUCAAAUGCAAUCAAAUACAAAAAAAUCGUUCACUUUUCACAAAUUUUUUCACAAACUUUUGGUUUCUAACUUAAAUUAUUUACAAACAGCGUGUGCAAUUAUGGCAUAAAUGGUUGUAAAUUCUUCUCUGGGAUCCCCUUUGUUCAGAAAUAGCAGACAUAUAUGACUUUGGUGUUGCUUUUUGGUAAUUAGAAGGCCGCUAAAUGCCACUGCGCACCACACGUUUAUUAUGCCCAGCAGUGAAGGGGUUAAUUAGGGAGCAUGUAGGGAGCUUUUUGGGGUAGUUUUAGCUUUAGUGUAGUGUAGUAGACAACCCCAAGUAUUGAUCUAGGCCAAUUUUGGUAUAUUUCAUGCCACCAUUUCACCGCCAAAUGCGAUCAAAUUAAAAAAAACGUUAAUUUUUUCUCAAUUUUAGGUUUCUCACUGAAAUUAUUUACAAACAGCUUCUGCAAUUAUGGCACAAAUGGUUGUAAAUGC